GGAUUGAAAAAACGAUGUUGGAUUUGGCUGAGCCUUGGCUUGUGGAGGAUAAUGGUGGUCCCAUUAAACUUUACAGCGAUGGAUCCGUCGUGCGGGCACCGAACCCAUUUGAAUCUUUCUUCCUUACUGAGCACAAUAAUUAUGGGCACGUUCCAUACAAAGAUAUUGUGUUUGAUGAGGAAACUGGUUUGUGGGCGCGCCUCUAUCUGUCACCUGAGACCAAAAACAGAGUACCCGUAGUAAUGUAUUUUCACGGGGGAGGAUUUUGCAUGCUAAGCGCCGCAACCACGAUGUUUCACCGUAUGUGCCAGAUGUGGGCAGCCAAACUGGGCGUGAUCAUCGUAUCUAUGGAUUAUAGAUUGGCCCCUGAGCACCGCCUUCCCGCCGCCUACGAAGAUUCCAUUGCAGCCCUGCGAUGGAUGGUGAAAGAGGGCGCGACCGGAGAUCCGUGGCUGCACUCCCACGCCGACUUUUCGAAGAUAUUUCUGGCGGGCGAUAGCGCAGGAGGGAACAUCGCACACCAUGUGGGCGUCUGGGCGGCGAGCAAAACCGUGGAAAUCAAAAUCAAAAUCAAAGGUUUGAUUUUGUUGUAUCCUUUUUUCGGGGGAGAAGAGCGGAUGCCUUCAGAAAUGGAAAAGGGGUCCUCGAUGUUAACUGCCGAGGGUCUGGACGGCAUGUGGAGAUUGGCGCUGCCCGUGGGACGCAACAGGGAUCAUCCUUAUUCGAAUCCUCUUGCAGAAGGGGAAGGGUUGUGCACACUGGACCUUCCGCCUGUGCUGUGUGCCAUUGGGGGGCGCGAUAUACUGAGAGAUAAAGAGUUGCAAUACUGUGAGGCUCUCAAAAACUGGGGGAAACAAAUUGAGGUGCAUAAUUUCGCGGAGGAAGACCACGGCUUCACUGUCAUGAAAAUGGAAAGCCAAAGCUCGCUUCAAGUCCUCGGCCGCAUCGCUGAUUUCCUCAAAUGA